CCAGAGGAAUUGUUCACAGAUGAAAUUCCGAUGCUAGUCGCGGGCUACACGCGCUCCCGGUUUCGCGUCCCCGAAAUAUCCGAGGCACACUGUAUUUAUUAAAAAAAUAAUGAUCAGUUGAGUGUUCGGUGUUCGAAUCUUGAAGUGCGUAUAUAAUCUGUGAUUAGACUAACAUUACACACAUACACGGAGUUUCAUUCAUAAUAGCAAAAUGCCGAUCGGUAACGUAAGCAAGGACACCGGGGCUCGCCGGGAGUCCUUCAGGCCUCCGUGGGUGAAGGAGAAGGACGUGGAGGCGCCACCAUCUUGGAUGCAGAAGAAACUGAAGCCAGUUGAGAGCACCACGAAGACUGCGUCUGUAGACCCUGAGCCAGCAGCGCCGGCCCCUGCUAAAACUCUGAAGCCUGCAUUGAAAAAACAGGCAACAAUAAAAGACAAAGCCGAAAACGGAGUAUCAGCGCCCGUAGAAGAGAAACUAGUCAAGCCUUCCGCCGCAAAGCAGGCCGACCAAGCUGCAAAGCCAGCUGACGAGAAACCACGAUUCACUAGGACUGCACUCAAAAGUGCUUUAAAAUCAGAAGACAAACCUUCCAAUGACAAAGCUGACAAACCGACAUUGAGAAGUGUGAGAACUAUAGAUGAUAAAGCCAAAGAGAAAUCAGUAACUAUAGUUGACAAGAGACCAGAAAAAAAUGGUCCCACUAAAGCAAAUAGCACGGUAAAUGACAAAUCUGAUAAAUCACCAGUUGUAAACAAAGAUAAGCCAGUGACGAAAGUUGUUAACGACAAACCUGCGCCUAAGGUUGUCGAAAAACCGGCUCCAAAAGCCCCUGAAAAGGUAGUGUUAAAGCCGGUGCCUGUUAAAGAGGAACCUAAACCUUCGCCUACAAAACAGGAGACAAAGCCAGCUGCUAAAGCUGAACCGAAAGGUACUGAUAAAGCUGUAGAGAAAUCAGAAAGCUCAGAAAUGGCAACAAAACCACCUCUAGAUAAGGGUCCUUCUAAGCUCCCACCGCGCAAACCUUCGCUUCAAAAGCAGCCUUCAAAGGAUGACAUGCCUGUGAAGAAAUGGCGUGAUCCUCUGCAUGAGCGAGUUAAGGAGAACAUUGACAAGACCCUGAAUAAUGAAGUACCUAAAGGUCACACGCUGACAAAAAAUGAGAGCUUGAGAAGUUUGCUGAAGCCCACACCACCACCGAUGCCUCCUCCUAUGCCACCGAAAAUGCCUCCUCCUCCGGAGUUCAAGAAGGCACCGGUGGACCCUGCGAAAUUGAAGAGAUUGGAGCAACUCCGCAGUAGACCCAGGAGAAGACCAGACUGGACUGACAUGAUGAAGGAGGUGGAACAAGGAAAGAAGCUCAAACAUGUUGUUUGUAACGACAGGUCAAGCCCAAUUAUAACCACAUCGACAGUAGUGAAGAACAAGGGUCAAUUUAUAUUCGAGUCCGAGAAACCGAACUCCCACAACGCGUUGCUGAAAGAGAUCUCUAAGGGUGUGAAGUUGAAGAAAACAAAAACCAAUGAUAGGAGUAAACCGAAUCUGGAAGGAUUGAGGAAGUUCAGGAGGCAGAUGACGAUAGAGGAACAAGUGCAGAAGAGUAUGUCACAGGCGAACCUAGCGUCGUCACCGUCAGGAGUCGGUCUAGCCGCGGCAGAGGCGAGUAAUUCACAUAUACCUGGUAUGAUCCCUGCUGAAGAUGAAGAAAUCGAUGAGAUGGACGAUAUUGAUAAGGUCAGAGACGACUUGCAGUCCACUAAACAGUUACUGGCCAUUGAGCUAAGAAACAAAGAAGCACAAGAGAGAGAAAACAAACGACUUCUAACAAGGAUAGCGAACUUAGAAGCAGAGUUAGCUAGAGAAAGAGCUUUCAUCAAACAAGAACAGCACAAGACUGUGAUAUCUGUCACUGAUGCUUACGACGAGAGAUUAGUGAACAACCUAAAGAUGGAGGUAGAAAAGACUAAAGAAAAUGCUGACAAUUUGGAGAAACAGUACUUACAGGCUGCUGAAGAUCGGGACACAGCUCUCACAGAACUAGAAGAAGUGAAGAGAAGAAACGCUGAAUUAGAGAAGAAAUUAGAACAAGCUAUGUCGAACGAAGAUCAAUCUGAGGAGCCUAUGUCUUAUUAUCAAAAGCGACAGCUCGAUUUCGAGAAGGAAUGCAGGUUGUUGAACAUUGAAGUAAACUCGCCUGAGGCUGAUGCUUUGAGGAAACGGCAGAUUGACGCUAACAAUAAUGUUGCUAAGACUAAUGAUGCUUAUACUAACGUUGAGGCUGACGAGGGCAUCAUGCCAACGAGCAUGGGAUCGCGGCGCUCGAGCCACGCCAUCAAACAGCUGUCCGUUACCAAGGACGACAGCUUCGAGGAAGAAGAGGAGUCGGAUGAUGAAGAGGAGGAAAGCGAAGAAAAGAAGCAGAAGCGACUGGAGAAGGAAGUACGCAACAUGAGGAACAAGAUCCGAUACCUGAAGGAAAAGCAGGAUCACAUGAAGCGAGAGCGUAUGGGCUUCAAGAUGUCGCUCAAGAACCAACAGGCUGCGCUUAAAGAGGAGAAACGAAAAUACAAGGAGUUGAAACGCGAAGUCGACAAGAUGGCGGCCAUGAUGAAGGAAUGUGGCUCAGAAGAUGAAGACGAUGAGGAGGAGGAGGAAGAAUCAGAAGAGGAGAAGAAGUCAGAGUCAGAAGAAGAAGAAUCUGAGACUGAAACAGAACAAGACACCGAGAGUGAGACGGAGAGUGAAAGUGAGCCAGAGGAUGCUCCUCUACCCAACAAGAAAGAAAACCUAACGAAACGUAUGAAGCGACACGAGACCAGGGUGCACGCGCUUAAGAAGGGCAACGCCCUCCUCAUGGCCAAUGUCGACCGCUUGAAGGACGAUGUUCUAAAACAGAGAGAGGAAUCUGUCACUCUGCAGAAGGAGCUAGACUCCCUCAUCGAUGAUCUGGAGUGAUCGAACGCUUUUAGCACUACUCUUAAGUAAUACUAUGAAGCUAACAAUUUUAUGAGGAAUAAUCUCUUCGAUUUACUGCAGUCUACCGAGCCUUUGUAAGGCUAAUCAGUUUCUAACUCGUAUCUUUAAAAAAUGCAACUAUUUUCUCCAAACCGUUAGUUUCGAUUGCUAUUUGGAAACGGAAUCUCAAUAGCGAAUCUUGAGUUUUUAUUUAUAAUUUAUUUUAUUAAUAAAAUAAUCUCAAGUUGCAAAGACUUCUUGAUGUCGCUUGUCAGAGUUGAACUGUGAAUUUUACUGAGGUAACCGUGAAGAAUUGUUAUUUUGAGGGUUGCGAUAAAUAAAUAUAUCAGACAUAGAUCAUACCAGCCUGAUAUAUAAUAAUAUUAAAAAAAAAAGAAAAAACAUUUCUACAUUCAAGCAUAUUCCAUUGUUGAUCAUCUUCCCUCAAUUAAAAAAUUCGCAGCACAAAUCAAACUUAGAUAGUUCAAUGAUUAAAACUUUCAUUUUAUUUAUGUAGAUAGUCGAGGAAUAAUAUUUGUAUUGGUGAUGAUUCCUGAACAUUAAAAUAUUAUAAUAAGGCUUUUUAAUAUAAUAAUUCUUUGAAAAAAAAAAUGACUCCAACAUUUUACAAAAAUAUUUUUCAUAAUUUAUCAAAAAUAUUAACUUUCGCUUUUAAUUGUUUCCUACUUAAUAUUUCUAAUUGUAUAAUUUAUUAUUUUAAUUUACCACCAUAAUUAUUUUAAUGGUAAUACCUACCAACCCAUUUACUUUUUACUCAUUUUUGCUAUCAUGUGAUUUGUACAUAAUAUUUUUAAGUUAAUAAUUAUUUAUAAAGUAUACUAUUGUAUUACCAAACGACACAUUAAACUUUUACACAAUA